UGAAAACAUCACACCAAGGCCAAGAUGUGAGAUCCAGGAAUACGUGAUAUCAUCUUGUACAGAACAGACUUUUGCGAAUGAAAAGCAGAUGGUUGAGGUUGAGAUACCUGCUAAUUGGCGUUCAGGAUCGGGAAUUCUAGCCUCCGGGGCUGAUGAGGUAUGGAUGCCGUGCCCACGGGCCACCUGAAGUUUUUCCCCCGACAUCACAUGCGUCGAACUCGCUCAAACCAGCAUCGUGAAAACAGCGACAUGCAAAGAGCUCGUCUUGCCUGUUGAUAUCUUCCGGGCUUUGGAAUUGAUACCUCGCUAAAUGGUGCGCAUACGAAGGGGCGAUGACCGAGUGCACUUAACCGUCGACGAUCCAAGGACUCUCGCACACCAAUGUCAACCGACUUGUACCAUGUUAGCAAUCAUUCACGAUCUACUUAAGCCGAAGUGAGGAUGGAUUGACUUAGGGCGUCACACCUUGCCUGCCCAUAGUUAUCGUCGGUUCACCACCCAGUACGUCAAGUCUUCCAGACCGCCAUGCAACUCUUCCCGCCGGCAGUCUCGACUUCGGUCCGGCUCGUUAUUAAACAAGAGGAAUAUCAUCUCUAGACUGUUCGUAUUCUUUCUGCCCACAGACUACGCCGGCAAAAGAGUCUUCACUUUGGGGUUUGUUUCGUCCCAAUCGAAUUGGCCAUCAGACCUGGACCGUGGUGCACCAAGGCUCGGCCAUCCAAACAGGCGCCCGUGACACGACCGAUUGAGGUUGACAGAGGCGACAAAGUCUAGGAGAGACAACAUCUUGCUCCUCCCAUCAGCAAGAGAGGCAAACUUGGAAAUCGCUGCCAGACAUCUCUUGUGCCUCGGUCGCGGUUUAACUUUUUUCCUUACCAGAAAAAAAAAAAAAAAAACUAAAACAACCCAAGGAUCGCGUCCUUCUUUCGGCGCGUCAACCAACCACCUCCAGCGCGCCUCGACUGCUUUCAAGUUCACCAAACCAAAUUGGACGUGACUGGCUGAGAGCAAAUCGCGUACUUACGGUGAUUAGUCGUUGCCUCCUCAUUCCUCAACAUCAUCUAACAAUCCGCGACCCCUCAGCAAGAGUACCUUCACUACCACGAGCAUCAACAGUCAUUCACCAUGACACGCCAGAGUCGUGCAGAGGCGGAUAGAAUCCAUCACCAAGGAUUUGUUUAUUUCCCAUUCAUGCCGCCUUCAGAGCAGUAUCCUGCGCUUACCGUCACGAGAAAGUUCAGUAAGAGGAUCGACCCAGAGGAUGUGGAUCUAACCCAGCGAGAGAUGGCUGGCUUCGUUUCAGUCUACCCUCGCCUUUACCAGGUCCCGAAAACCAUGCAGGAGCGGAUAAGAAGAUGGUACCUGGCCAACCGCAAGCUGGCGGAUUCUUGGCCCUUGGAUGGCUUUUGGAACGCGGCCGAGGACGAUGCUCAUGACCAUAUCGUCGUCAGGGAGCCGGGAGUACCGCCUGAAGCGAAGCAAAUGGCCGGGAUUGAGGAUUCGGGGAACAGUAAGCCCGCCCUUGUUGCUAAGGAAAGGAAACCGAGGCCUCCAAAGGCAAAGAAAGAGCAGCCGUCACAACCUCCGACCAGCAACACCAGCCAGGCCACACCUUUCCCGGCAAGUGUAGUGGCAAGGUGUCCAGAGCUGGAGCAGUGGUCCCAGCAAGCGUAUUUCGCCGCCGAGCUCAAGGCCGCGGAACGGUCCUUUGGUUACAUCCGCGGCUGGGUGGAGGAUGCACAGAGUGGCGGCCGCUCGCCUUCAAUCGUACAGCUGAAUGAGUUGAUGAAUUUUGCAUCGAAUGCUUUGACGCGUGCAUCGGAAGCCGUCAAAAUAUCCUCAGCGGUGGUAGAGGACCUCAAAUCAAGUCCCGCACCUCUUAUUCAUCCUGCCUUUGUGGCAUGGCAGCAGCAACAGGAACAGACCAUGGGCCAGGAACUCGAUCCUCAGCCCCAUGUUGAGCAUAAAAAACGGCCUUUUGAGGUAGAUGACGCGGAAAUAAACGAAGAGAGCGAACCGACAGCUCAGACAGAACCCUCGGGAGCCGGCAAGGUCAGAAAGCUCUCAACCUAUAGAUCUGCACCGGAAUCAAGAUCAGGAGACUCAACAUCGCUUCCGUAUCGGGAAGAUCAUCAAACGGGCUCCAACCUUGCCAGUUCCCGGGCUAUGUCGACAUCAGCACCAAUACAUCCGGCAUUUCUUCAACAAUAUGCGUCUCAACAGCCCCAGCCAGGUCCCACAAAUCACACCCACAGCAGCUUCAUGGUGGCGCCGACGCACGGCUCAUCUUUGUUAUAUGUGCCGAUUGACAAUGACAACCAGCAGCUAGAAUCGGCAAGUGAAAGUGCUGGAGGCAGCGGGGGUCAUGGCGACAGUAAUGAUGAUGAAGAGGAGGAGGAGGAGGAGGAGGAGGAGGAGGAGGAUGAGGAAGAUGAGGAAGAGGACGGAGCCGACGAUGCAUCGGACUAGAGAUCCGAUACCCUGACUCUACCAUCCACCCCCCCUGUCUUCCAAAAGGUGAACAACUCACCCAUCAUCAAUGAUAACAAAGGUGGAUCGACAGAGGCACCAAGAGAAGAGAGACCGGGCGCCGGAAAGGCGUUGAUCCAGUCAGCUAUCGACGUCCCUGCCGUCAAUCCGAGUACGCGCGAAAACACUGAAGGUUGCGAUGCCGAUGGCAUACACACAAAUAUCGCUCAUGCUACAGACCUUGGUGCUGUGGAUGGCGUUGGAGGUGGUUAUCUUGCCAAAGUCAAGACAUGGCUUGGGGCUUCGGGUGCAAGCUGAUUACCCACCUUGAUGAGCAUCGCCCAAGAGGACGGGAAGACCCGACAGAGACAACUGUUCCGUCUUUUGUUAUCGCGGUCAAGAGAUCAGCGUGGGCAGGUAUCUGUACUCACGCGAUUUUGUUGAGCGUCCGACCUCCAGAAUCGUUGUUUGUGAUCGUGUGUUGAUCCCCAAGCGGAAUAGAACGGCGGAUCCUACCACCCGAUGUUCAUCAAUUUUGAGAUCAGACACGAUAGCCUCAUCCCCUUGUUUGAGUGCUGUUGUUAUUCUUGUCGUACUUUUUUUGCUUUCGCCAGAGCGCCAGGCUCCCGUCGAGGUGUUGAGGUUGUAGGACUUUCUACUUCCCCAUGGGCCCUGGCUCCCGCUGGAGAAGGUGUCAUCGGGGCGGGUUCCAGUUCAUCAGGGGCCAAGACGACAGUUUGUGGGAGUACCUUAACGUCAGCCCUACGCAUGUCGCAGUACAUCUCGGCCGGCAUAUGAUUCCAUUGUUAGCGCGGUACUGUACUACAUCAUUUAGGGAGAUUGGAGCCGAGCAAUGCCGCCAUCUAUUGUACGGAGAUUACAGUUAUCGCCACUUGGCAAUUCAUCGCGCUAACCUUUUGCGUGUAAAUACCGGCGGAGGUGGAAGCGAUCAGGGCUCAAGCUCCAUACUCAUAGCGUAGUUUCAAUCACUGUGCUCCAAUGUAGUUUGGUAGUGUGAUUGGAGUCUAAUUGAACUUUCAUUCAGCUGGCCCCGA